AUGCUUCAUCCCAUUCGUGUACUAGUACUUCUCUCAAUACUCAACUUCUCUCUGGCUUCACCGCCUCUCGUCCAUCGACCUAGAGAGCCACAAAAGCCUUCGAAAGACCUGGUGGAUAGAAGAGUCGAAACGGUCUUGAGAAGACGGGGAGAUGUCAUCUAUCGACCUCGUCGACGAUCUAUCUCGCGUGAAAAAAGAGAUGUACCGUCGUUAGGAUGGGGAAAGGAGGUGAGAUUAGAGCGUCGGGAGGGGAAAAAGAGGUGGAAGAGGGAUUUGGGGAAUGGGAGUAUUAUUGAUCUUGGUACUACACAAGAUACAUACAUCCUUCCCGUCUCCAUAGGCUCCUCUCCCACCACCUACCCCGUACAACUCGACUUAGGCUCUUCCGACCUUUUACUCGCUUCGACACUAUGUAGCAAUACAAAUGUCUGUCCAGCUCCCGCAGCGGCUUAUCCUUUUUAUGAUGUGAAAAAAUAUAGUUCUACGUAUCAAACUCUAGGGGGAAACUCUACAACUUGGAGAGCUAGAUUUGGGGAUGGUACACAGGCUAGUGGGAUAAUUGCUGGUGAAACCGUAUGGUUGGGGGAUUUACAACUGGAUGGGCAGGUGUUUGGUCUCAUAAAUGCUACUAAUUUAACACUGUCCAGUCAACAAAUGUCAGGUAUACUAGGUCUUGGUUUUCCUCGGUUAUCCACAUUAUCUCGUGUCAUCCUCUCUGGACAGGCGGCUACUUCUUCCUCAUCAGCCUCUCCAUCAUUGAGUUCAUCGAAUAUUGCAUCAUCUUCAUCAUCGACCUCGACCUCGUCUUCUCCUUCUUCCACUCCCGCUAGCCUCACUUAUCGCCCGACUGUUAUGGAACACCUAGCACAAGGGAUUUUACCAUACCCCGUUUUUGGUCUUGCCCUAGGGCCACCUCCAGUGACCUCUUCAUCGACAAGUUCGUCUGCUUCUGCUUCUCCCAGCUCUCGCUAUAGUCGUGGAAUGGGACUGACUCUGGGUGGAGUAUCAGAAGGAUACUUUUCUAAUGAUACUGCCUCUGGUAGGACUAUAUCAGAUAUCGAAUGGCAUGAUGUCGUACCAUUCGGUGUAAGUUUCAACACGUCAGCGUUCGACCCUAUAUCCUCUGCAACAACAUCUUCCGGGUCAUCCCUGACCCCCACGUCACCCUCGUCUUCCCCAACUGUCACUUCUUCCUCCGGAAACUCUCGUCGUGAUUCGGACACGAGCGAUUACCCUACCACAUCUGAGGAAUUGCAGGGGGAAGAGUACAUUUUCUGGGCUUUAGAACUACAAAAUAUUUCAGUGAACGGAACGGUUAUCACUCCCAAUUCUACCUACUCGGGUCAAGGUUUAGGGAGCAUAGCAAUUCUAGAUGUGGGGAGCAAUGGUAUUUACGGUCCUCAACAAGAUGUGGAAAGGAUCUUCUCGAAUAUGCAAGAUGCCAGAGUUGUGAAUGAUGGGAUGUGGGCUGUUCCUUGCAAUACGAGGAUGACUUUGGGGUUUUCUUUUGGAGGACGAUAUAUUCAGCUUCAGCCUUCGGAAUGGAUGUAUGCUCAAGUUUCGGGAUCUUCUUUUUGUCUUGCAUGGCCUAUGGCACGGCCUGAUCAAGGUGACGGUAUUGAUUGGUCUUUCGGUACUCCAUUCCUCCGAAAAGUCUACACGGUUUUCUCAUAUGGCAUCAACAACGUUCAAGCUCCACUUAUCGGAUUCCUUCCUCUCACCUCUCCCUCUUCUUCGUCCACUUCCACUUCUACCUCCUCAACUUCCUCAACUUCCCCAUCCUCUAAUGCUCCAUCCGCAUCAUCUAUAACUUCAGUAGACCCCAAUUCUCCUAUACCAACAAUCAUCUUACCCCUCUCUCUGACACAGACUGUUCAAACUAGAUUACCUAAUGAUCUCCUACCCAAUCCUAGUUAUUCGACAGUAUCUUACAUCUGGUCCACUCCUACGCCCACACCAGGUCAAUUACAAGCUCAAGGAUUAGGUAAUAAUUCGGUUUACACUAUCGAAGAUGUACCCAUCAUAUCUUAUGCCGUUUCAUCGGCGAAUAACACGCUUCAUCCUGGUUCAACACAAGGGGAUAGCCAACCCAGUGGAGAUUUCCAAUUGAAUCGCGGAAUAUCCUUGAUGACAUUGAUGAUGAUUGUGGGACUUACGACGCUGUCUUUAUCAUAA